UGUCUGUGAAACAUCCCAGGGCUUGACAGAGCCCUGGCUGGGAUGAUUUAGUUGGGAUCGGUCCUGCUUUGAGCAGGGGGUGGGACUAGAUACCUCCUGAGGUCCCUUCCAACCCUGCUAGUCUCUGAUUCUAUGAUCCCCAGGCUGAGCCGUGGCCCCACCAUGAAUGCCCGAGGUCCCUGCCCCUGGGGGACAGGCUGCAGGGUAACGGCUGCGUCUCAAGCGUACUCAGCACGAUCCACAAAGCGCAGGGAGGCUGGGGCCCAGGAGAGACUGGGCCAGGGGCAUUCUCGGUGCUGAGCCGGAGGCUCCCACCUGUGCCUGUCCUGGUCCCUUAGGGGAGACAUGGUCUGGGGACACGGCGCCGUCACGGGGAUCAAAACCCAGGUGGAGGAACCUGCCUGGGAGCAGGGAUAGGCCCAAGCCAGGGUUCUGGUUCUGUCCCAGUGGACAAGUUCGUCCUCUAGGCCAGACUUCCCAGAGAUCAGGCGCACGGUGUGGAGUUUUUAAUCCGAAUCCUAGUGGGGGAGGGUCAUUGACACAAGGGAAUAUCCUGGGGUGACACCGACGGCCCCGUUCUCCCAAUCCUGCUGAUCACCCCCCUCCCUGGGUUUUGUGAAUGGUCUCAACCCAGCGCUACGUGAAUCCCCUGAGACACACAGGGGAUGCUCAGCCAAUCACAGGCCGCCUGUGACUGAACGUUCUUUGAGGCGGGUGCCUGGCGCAAUAGACCGUUCCAUUGUGAUUUACCAAGGGAGGGGCAUGGCUGGUCCCCAUGGUAAAUGGAAUUUUAAACGUUUGGCAAGGAGAGAUUUCCGCGCCUUGCACCAUCAUUUGCACCAGUGCAAAGUCAAACGCUGCCGAGUCAGAGUAGCAGCGUUUCACGCCCGCUUUGCACUGGUGCAAAUGGUUGCACAGCGGUGCAGGGCCUCGGUCCCCUGGCCUCCAGCUUCACUCCAGUAUGUGGGUUCUGAUGGCAGAAUCCAGGGAACUUUCAAAUCAACCCUUUUCCUUUGAAGCCAAACUUCAGAUCCUGGCAGGAGCGGCGGGGGGACGGGGGGCGAGGGGUCUGGUCCUUUGUGACUUUUCCUUAGGAAUAUCGAAAUUUUUUUUUAAGGGAAAAAUAAAGAAAGAAAGAGUCCAGCGUAUGGCCAGUGUUUUGUAUGCACUGUCGCAGGAUGCGGCGUGGCGAGAUCUGUAAUAUUUACUGGACGAGCGGUUUACUUCUUUCUCCUCCUGCGAUGUCAGCUUGUCCUGAGAUACUCGUGUUAUCUCUGGGGCUCUGGGGAAGUCUUGGUUGGGGGUUCCUGGAUUAGAAGACGACCUGCAGAGGGAGCCAGCUACGGCGCUGAAGGAAAGCCAGAAGGUUGGCUAGUGUGUAACUCACCGGAGCCCGGCCAAACCGCAGAGAGGAGAGCUCCCCCCAGUCCCAGUGGUGCUGAUGAGACUAGAGACUGAAAUGCUGUGACUCCUUGGACACAUGGCAAAUUCUACCUCCUCUAGGGAGAAGAGGCGGCCCAUCGUGGAGUCGGACGGAGACCCGCUAAACUCCUCCUGGCAAAUGUGGCCCUCACAAGCCUGGACCAGAGCAUCCGGCAGGUCCUACCCCGGCAAGAGCGACUUGUCUGACUCUUUCGAUUCCUCCGCCCGUGAGCCUCCCCUGCCUGCCCAGCCGCCCGUCGGGGACGUUCCCCGCAGCUCGGAGAACCAAGAGGCCUCUCCCUUGAAGCCCGUCAGGCGUUUUAUCCCGCGGUCGUGGAAGAACUUUUUCCAAAGAUGGAGGCGAGAGCCCGAGCCGUUCCUGCCGCUGGCCUACGCCGCCGCCCGGUGCUCCCCACCCGUAAGUCCAUUGUUAGAUCGCCACGGGCCAGCCCGCGAGGGCAGCUCCAGCAGCGGUUUCCAGGAACCCUCCUGGUCCAGCCCCUCUGAGUGUCACCAGGAGACAGAGAUGUCUCCCCCCAAGAGCCAGCAGGGCCAACCCGCCUUGCCGAGCUACGAGGAGAAGCUGGAGGCCUACAACCUCAAGUACUCCUACAUGAAGUCCUGGCCAGGCUUGCUCAGGCUGAUGGCCGGGCUGGAGCUGCUCUUUGGCGGCAUGGUCUUUGCCUGUGUCUGUGCCUACAUCCAGAAGGACUACCAGUGGUACAACCUGUACGGCGGGAACCUGCUGUCAGAUGGCCUUUUUGGGGGAGGCUAUGGGUACAAUUAUUACGGCCCCAUGACCCCCUUUGUGCUGGUGGUGGCCAGCCUGGCGUGGCUGGUCACGGUGAUCCUCUUGGGGCUGGGGGUCACCAUGUACUAUAGGACCAUCCUCCUAGACUCCCACUGGUGGCCCCUGACGGAGUUCGCCCUCAACAUCAUCAUGUUCCUCCUCUACAUGGGGGCGGCCAUCGCCUACGUCAACGACGUGAACCGCGGCGGCCUCUGCUACUCCCUGUUCGCCAGCAACCCACUCAUAGCCGCCUUCUGCCGAGUGGAAGGGGGCCAGGUAGCGGCUCUCACCUUCCUCUUCAUCACCACCCUGCUCUACCUGGCCGGGGCGCUGGUGUGUCUGAAGAUGUGGAGGCACGAGCUGGCGAGGAAGCAGCGGGAGGCCUUUGAAGUGCUACACAAUCCCGUCCUCCUGCAAGCCAGACCCAAGCGGAUCUUCUUCCAGGACGAGGUGAUGCCAUCCGGGAGCCUCCCAGGGAAGGUCACCAAACAGCUGGGGUUCUCCGAGAAGGGCGAGGCGUCGGGGGCCUUGAGUUGCUCCAUCCCAACAGGGCACACCCCAAAGCCGCACAUCGUCCCCGACUAUGUUGUGAAGUACCCGGGGAUCUGCUGCCCCGAGGAGAGAGAGAAGUACAAGGCUGUCUUCAGCGACCAGUACGCGGAGUACAAGGAGCUCUACCACGAGGUCCAUGCGGCGCUGCAGAAGUUCAAGGAGCUGGACGCCAUGAUGAGCCGGCUGCCGCAUCGCACGCCCAGCAAGAAGGAACAGAGCCGGGUCUCCAACAUCUGGAAGGAAUACAAGAAGAAGAAGAGGGACCCCGCCUUCCUGGAGAAGCAGGAGCGCUGCGACUACCUGAAGAAGAAGCUCGCGCACAUCAAGGCACAGAUCCAGGAGUACGACCGGACGGCCAAGGAGGGCUCCAUGUACUUCUGAGCCUGGCACCUGGGGGGUGGCACCAUGCCGCCCCUGGGCUGGUCCCCAACACCCCGGCCCCCAGCCCUGAAUUGCUCUGGGGCUUGCCGAUGUCUGGGGGACCUUGGCCAGAAAGAGAGCAGGAUACAGGACACUGGGGACUGCUCAGGGGGGCUGGAACAAUUUGUAUAGUGGGGGUGCUGAGAGCCAUUGAACCAAACUGUAAACCCUGUAUAUGAUGGAAACCACUCCAAGCCAGGGGGUGCGGCAGCCCCCUAGUUCCUGCAACUAUGGGGGUGCUUGUGCCUUGUGGCUCCUGUGCAUAACACACCCUAGCUGGGUCACGUGUGGGUCAGGCACCACCCCUGCCCCGUGCUGCCCCCGAACCAGCAGUGCUGAUGUGCACUCUCCAGGUGGGACUGAAGCUGGGGGUGGGAGGACUGGGGCCCCAGGCGGGGCGGGGAGUGGUGCAUCGCUCCUGCUCACGGGAAUAGGUAACUGGGGUGCGCCGCACAUCUGCUCCAGCCAGCAGCAUCCAGACCCUGUGGAGAAGCUGUGAAACUGGACAACGCUUCUGGCUGAAGGGAGCUGGUGUGACGGGGGAUAAAACACCCCCGGGCCUGGCUCUGUGCUCAUUUCAUGCUGGUGUAAAAGCGGGAGUCACGGCACUGAAGACAGUGGACUUGCGCUGGUCUGAAUCAGGUCGUUGACUUCAGCGGGGGCAAGACUGGGACCCUGACUCCUGGAGCCCUGGGAGCCAGGCCAGAGAUUGCCUCUUACGCGCAUGACUUCAUCGCCACGCUCACUUACUCUGUCUGCAAAGCAGCCAUGGGAGGAGGGGAGCAGCGUUCAUCUGUGCAGCAAAACCUGAGCUUUGGGGGGUGCCCGUAACUGUCUGUAAGGAGCGACGGCUUCGCCUUUGAAUAAAAGACACCUGGCCGUC